AUGUCUUCAUUCAACCCACUUACCUCAAUUUUGAACCAAAACAAGUUAGAAGGACCUAAUUAUGUUGACUGGAAAAGGAACCUUGAUAUUGUCCUAACUGCUGAAGGUUACAAAUUUGUAAUCACUGAGGAAUUCCCAGAAAAACCUGAAAAUGCUACGGAUGAUCAGCAUCAGUCCAUGGGGUCUGCUUACGAUAUGCUCGAAAGUCUCAAAGAGAUGUUCAGUGAGCAAAAUCGCGCAGCUAAGCAGACAACCAUGAAAGCCCUUUUGAACACAAAGACGGCAGAAGGAUCAUCGGUCAGGGACCAUGUUCUGAAGAUGAAGAGCCUUCUGAAUGAACUGGAGAUUCGGGAGCCACUAAUCACAGCUGCAAUUCUUUGCAGGGGUUUCAGGAAACGCGGCGGCUAA